ACGGUAAUGGGAUGGGACGGGAGCAGUUUCGCUCAGUUGCUCUGCCGCCUGCCGCUCGGCACCUUAUCUCCUCCGUCUCGCGCCACUCCACGGCACCAUGCACUCGCCGGCGCGCUGCCCCGCCGCCACCGCCACCGCGUCCCCGCCUCUGCGCGCGCCGUUCGUCGCCAUGGCCCAGCGCGGCCGCAGGCUGCCCUCGUCCGCGCCCCCCGAGGCCGAGCAGCCGGACGAGGCGCUCGCACGCAUCCUCCGCACGGAGGCCGCCGUCUCCGGCGUCCCCCGCAAGGCCGCGGCGGGCUCCAGCCAGCACUCCACCCGCCUCUGGCCCCGCGCCGUCCUCGAGGCCCUCGACUCCGCCGUCGCCUCCUCCCGCUGGGAGUCCGCCCUCGAGAUCUUCGAGCUGCUGCGGAAGCAGCGGUGGUACGAGCCGAGGACGCAGACCUACGCCAGGCUGCUGAUGAUGCUCGGCAGGUGCCGGCAGCCCGGCCCAGCCACCGCCCUCUUCAAGGUAAUGCUCUCGGAGGAGCGGCUCGCGCCGACGGUGGACGUGUACACGGCUCUUGUCGGCGCCUACGGCUACAGUGGCCUGCUGGACGAGGCAUUGGCCACGGUCGAUCUGAUGAAAGGCGCUGACGCAGACUGCAAGCCGGACGAGUACACCUUCUCCGUCCUCAUCAACUGCUGCUGUAAGUCGCGCCGCUUCGACCUGAUCCCCACCGUCCUCGACGAGAUGUCAUAUCUGGGGGUUGGAUGCAACGUUGUCAUCCACAAUGGGAUAAUUGAUGGGUACGGCAAGGCCGGCAUGCUAGAGGAGAUGGAGGAUGCGCUGUCCAACAUGCUUCAAGACGGGGACAAUGUGCCGGACAUAUACACGAUGAACUCCAUCAUAUGGGCCUACGGCAACCGUGGCAGGGUGGAUGACAUGGAGAGGUGGUACGGUGAGUUUCAGUUGAUGGGCGUUGAGCCAGAUACGUGGACAUUCAAUAUCAUGAUGAAGUCUUACGGCAAGGCUAACAUGCCUGACAAAAUGCUGUCCAUCCUGAAAUACAUGAAGCGGCGUUUCUUCUCACCCUCUGCUGCUACGUUCAACAUAAUCAUAGAUUGUUUUGGAAGGGCUGGCAACAUUGAGAAGAUGGAGUACUAUUUCAGGCUGAUGAAAAUUCAGGGUGUCAAACCCAACCCCAUCACAUACUGCUCGCUGGUUAAUGGAUACAGUAAAGCUGGGCUCCUUGAUAUGAUUCCUGCAAUUAUUCGACAGACGGAGAACACCGAUGUCGUAUUAGAUACUCCAUUUUUCAACUGCGUUAUCAGUGCAUACUUCAAGUCUGGAGAUACCAAAAUAAUGGAGGAAAUGCUAGUGCUAAUGAAUGAAAAGAAAUGUAAGCCAGACAAGGUAAUUUAUACCACCAUGAUUCAGGCAUAUAUUGCGCAUGGGAUGGAUGAAGCCGCUAAGUUGUUAGAAACAGAAAUGGAAAGAUUUGACAAGAAAUUACUGGGACCAGUUCCUGAGGUUGAUUACAAGUAAACUGCGGCCAUCAUUUUUUAGGGGACAGAGCAGUAAGAUUUGUGUAAUACGAGAUUGGGGAAAGAGAGCAUGUAUGAGGGGGCCUUCAGAGAAUAUGGUUAUAAAUCCACAGAGCUUGGCCAUAAUGACCAUUAGUUCCAUCAACACCAGACUAAGCGUUCCCAGUUCGAUGCCAAUGACAGGCAAUAAUGAACAAUGUGGAAUGGAAAACCAGCUGUGGCCUGUUGUGUCCGAAACAGGAGUCCGACACGGCCUCAUUGUGCAAAGCCAUUUAGACGUUCAUCUGAUCUGACUGAAUGCACAAGUACAAACCCAGACAGAGCUUAACUUGGGAUAUCUAGAAGUGGAAGGGACUGUGGUACAGCAGAUAAGUGCGAGGCUAUUUCAUCACGGUCAAAACGCACCUGAUCGUGAUGCGGUCGUCAUUGAGGGGUAGCAGUUCCUUCAGCUUGGACUUGUGAAUGAACUUGUCCCAGCCACAGACCCACAGUAUUUACCUACCGACUGGAAGAAACCCAAGCUGACGGCCAUGUAGGCAGCUUUGCCCUCCUCCUUCCACCCGUCAGGGUAGAUCCUCAUGUUCCAGUCGUAGCCGCUGACGCUGAAUGUGCUCGAGCUGACGAACUUGCCGAUGCCCAUACCCUCGAGCAGCGACUACUUAAUCACCUCGAAGUUGUGGGCGGUGGUGACGCACUCUGUCAGGCAUCUCGACGAGGUCUCGGAUGUGGGCUUGUUAACUGAGGAAGAUGAGCUGUUGGCCAUGGCGUGGAAUGGGAGUGUGGCUUUUGUAAUACUUUAGGAAGAAGACGAGUUGUUGGCCAUGGCGUGGGGUGCAUAUAUAAACUCAGUACGUACUGUACAUGACUCUGGAAGACGUUUAGUCUUCAGUAAACUUGAGAAUGCCUUUACGGCAUUGAACAAGUUCCCAUGCGAUUGUGUUAAA